CAAAGAUAGUCUAGGGUGGUUAUUAUUUGUAUGAACAUAAUUCUUCAAUCUUUAAGAAUCUGAACGAUUUUUGCACCAACUUUGGUCUAAAAUGAACACACCACAAGCUAUUGCAUUCGAUGAAUUUGGUAGACCCUUCAUUAUCCUUAAAGAGCAGGAGAAAAAACGACGUUUGACUGGCCUUGAUGCCCAAAAGUCCCAUAUUCUUGCGGCCAAGACGGUUGCUAACAUAUUAAGAACUUCUCUUGGUCCUAAUGGUAUGGACAAAAUGUUGGUUAGUCCAGAUGGUGAUGUUACCAUAACAAAUGAUGGUGCAACAAUCUUAAGCCAGAUGGAAGUGGAACAUCAAAUUGCAAAAUUGAUGGUUCAGUUAUCUAAAUCUCAAGAUGAUGAGAUUGGAGAUGGUACCACUGGAGUUGUUGUUUUAGCAGGAGCAUUACUAGAACAAGCUGAACAACUACUAGAUCGUGGAGUUCAUCCAAUCCGUAUUGCUGAUGGUUAUGAACUUGCUGCGCAAAUUGCAUUGGAAGAACUGGAUAGGAUCAGUGAAAGUUUUCCAAUCAAUAAAGAUGUGAAAGGACUGUUAGUUGAAACUGCAAAAACAACAUUAGGUUCCAAAAUAGUGAGUCGUUGCCAACAACAGAUAGCUGAAAUAGCGGUAGAAGCUGUACUGUCAGUGGCUGACCUAGAGAGAAAAGAUGUAGAUUUUGAAUUGAUUAAAGUGACUGGCAAAGUUGGUGGAAAACUGGAUGAUACAAUGUUAGUUAAAGGAGUGCUUGUUGAUAAAGAUAUGAGCCACCCACAAAUGCCAAAGGUUGUAAAGGAUGCUAAAAUAGCUAUACUCACUUGUCCAUUCGAACCCCCAAAACCCAAGACAAAACAUAAACUUGAUGUUACAUCGGUUGAGGAUUACCACAAAUUACGAGAAUACGAGAAAAAAACGUUUAUCGAAAUGAUCAAACAAGUUAAAGAUACAGGAGCUAACCUUGCUCUUUGUCAGUGGGGCUUUGAUGAUGAGGCAAAUCAUCUUUUACUACAAAAUGAAUUACCUGCUGUUAGAUGGGUUGGUGGACCAGAAAUAGAGUUGAUAGCUAUUGCAACUGGUGGUCGUAUAGUACCGCGAUUCUCAGAAUUAACUUCGGAGAAAUUGGGCCAUGCAGGCAUUGUAAGAGAACUAUCGUUUGGUACAACCAAAGAUCGUAUGUUGGUUAUAGAAGAAUGUAAGAAUACUCGCGCUGUGACGAUAUUUAUAAGAGGCGGAAACAAAAUGAUAAUAGAAGAGGCCAAACGUAGUAUACAUGAUGCUUUAUGUGUUGUUCGAAAUCUUGUCCGCGAUAAUCGUGUUGUAUAUGGGGGUGGUGCUGUUGAAUUGGCUUGUUCUUUGAAAGUUGGUGAGCGUGCUGAUAAGAUUUCUACGCUUGAACAAUACGCGAUGAGAUCAUUUGCAGAAGCAUUAGAAGCCAUUCCGCUAUCAUUAGCGGAGAAUUCUGGCUAUAAUCCUAUCCAAACUGUAGCAGAUAUAAAAUCUCGUCAAGUCGCGGAGAAAAAUCCGCGUCUUGGGAUAGAUUGUAUGAGCAAAGGAUCUAACGAUAUGCGAGAGCAACAUGUUAUUGAGACGCUCAUUGGCAAGAAACAACAGAUCAGUCUGGCAACGCAACUGGUAAAAAUGAUCUUAAAGAUAGACGAUGUUAGAGCUCAUGAAGCAUAAGUUGAUGUAAUAUAUUUCCACUAAGAAUAAAGUACAGAUUUGAUUAUAUUUUAA